AUGAGAGGCACAGCGCUGGUACUGACCUGCCUGGCUCUCCUGCUCGUGGCACAGGAAGGCAAAGGGGAAAGCAACACCAUGAGGCUCUGCGGGAGAGACUUUGUCAGGGCUGUCGUGUUCACCUGCGGCGGCUCGAGGUGGAAGCGGCACUUGAGUGAUUAUCACUACCUGCUGGAGAGGGAAAAUCCCCAGCCUUUCCCACACCAGAACGAGGUUGAUGCUGACUCCUCAACCUACACAGACCAGAGCCUGGAGACCCACAGCGAAGAAACCCACAACAUCAAGACUGAGGCAGAGCCACACUCACAGCUCAGCAGCAAAAUGUCUGUGCUAAAAAAGAGAGAAGCAACCAAACUGCUCACCACAUCCUGCUGCAACGUGGGCUGCAGCAAGAGAGAGAUCAGCUCCCUGUGCUGA